CUGUCGCUAAAUGUCCGCAGACAACGUUCACCGGACGUUGGUUGAACGUUCACUUAACGAUCGUAUAACGUCCGUUCAACAAAUGCAAUAGUGUUUCAACUGGACGUACAACCAACGUUCGCCUAACGUCCAUCUGACGCAUGUUGCGUUACCAGUUGUAGAUCAAACUUUUACUGAAUGAAGGGGAGGGACUGAACUCCUCAGGAAGCUGGAAGGCAGAACUUUAUUUCAAUGAACCCUCCGGUGACUCUUUUACACAUUUACCUCCGUGUGUCCUGCUGACUGACAACACCCUCAGUGGACCAGUUUUCUCAGGAUUAAAAAAAAAAUGUUUUAGAAAUCCCACGAGAAGCGUCGGUGGCAGCAGCAGGGAGAGGAUGCUCUGCAUGGGGUGGAAAGUUUUCAGAUAAGGUGCAACAAGCUGGUGUUUGGACAAGUCUGUUCGCGCCGUCUUCACGAGUAGAUAAGUUUCGUGUUUCGCACUGGAAGUACUGGCCUCAGGAGAAGUUUUGCCCUCCCGCUGAAGCCCAUGUGGACACGACGAUGAAUGAUCCAACGACGACGAUUUAUCCACCAAUGAGAAACGUACCUCCGACCGUCUUUAUUCUUCUGUUAAUUUCCGCGUUGGUCGGGAAUCUCACCGCCGUCGCAGUUUUGUGCAGAACUCGCAGAGAGAAAAGGGAGACCAUGUUUUACACGUUCGUAUAUGGCCUGGUCGUGACGGACAUCAUGGGCACGCUGGUGACCAGUCCGAUCAUUAUAGCAACUUACGCGCAGGGACAGUGGAUCGGAGGGGACCCGCUGUGCCAGUACAUGGGCUUCAACUUGCUCUUCUUCUACCUGGCGGGACUCAGCAUCAUCUUUGCCAUGUCUGUGGACAGAUACAUCGCCGUAAACCAUCCCUACGUUUACAACAACUAUGUGAACAAGAAGCAUGCCGGACACACCCUGGUGGCCAUCUAUAUCUCCAACGCGCUCUUCUGCGCUUUACCCUCCAUCGGCUUCGGGCAGGUGGUGAUUCAACACCCGCAAACCUGGUGCUUCUUGGAUUGGCGAACCAACCAUACCACCCAUGCCGUCUACUCUUACCUGUACGCCGGAGUCAGCAUUUUUCUCAUCUUCUCCACUGUCGUCUUUAACGUGCUGCUGUGCGUGGUUCUGAUCCGACUGCACAAGAGCUUCUUGCGCAGGAUGUCGCAGGGAACCGACGCCGGGCGCAGCGUGGACUCGCGGAGGAAAUCGGUCAACUUCUCACGUCUGGCUAACACAGAGAUUCAGAUGGUGAUUGUGCUCGUGGCCACAACGGUGGUGGUGCUCAUCUGCUGCAUCCCACUUGUAGUUCAGGUGUUCUUAAACCAGCUUUAUAAGCCUCCAGUGGAGCUAAACAUUGCAAAGAGCCCAGAUAUACGGGCAAUGCGCUUCGCUGCCUUAAACCCUAUCCUGGACCCCUGGAUAUACAUCCUUCUGCGUGAAUCUGUUUUACGUAAUUGUAUUGAGAUAAUUAAGUAUACAUUUGCCAAAGCAGGAAUAAGAAUAAGGUCAGAGACAGUUCUCCUUUCAAGCAUUCACCAUGCCCCCUCCAUCAGCUGUCCCUCUGUGGGCUAUGAAGACCCACAGGUGGACAGGGGUAACGCUCAGGGUUUCCUCUACAUGUCGGAGGACAUCGAGACAGCUACUGAAAGCCAGCUACAGAAAACCAGACCGAGUGACUCAGAACAGAGCGAAGGAAUAAGCGCAUUCACAGAUUUAACAGUGGUCAGCUGCACAGAAGAUCACUGAUCACAGUGGAGGAGAAAUGCAUUCAACUUCUUUCUGAAUAAAGAAUGUUGACUACUCAUAUUUCUUUACUAAGGCAGAAUGUCAGUUUCUUUUAGGAAAAAAAUGUGGAAACAUUAAAAUAGACACUAAACUGAUAUUUUGUGACUCAUUCAGUCAAGCUCUGUUAUCAUGAACAUAGACACAGUUCACAAGUUCUCAUUGGAAAACAACACAAGCCUGCUUGGAAACUGCCUUUUUCCAGGGAAAGAAGCACUACAAUUUGCUUUAAACAAGUUUUUAUUGGCACUGAUGUUGUUGAGCUCUGAUGCUGAAAAUAAACAAUGUCUGCACAUCGAACUAGA